UGUUCUCCUGUGUCCCCUGGGUGCCAGGUUCUCCAGGUCCUCUGGCGCCACCUCCCCUGGGUGCUGGGUCCUCUGUGUCCUCCAGGUCUCUUGGGUGCCACCUCCCCUUGGUCCUCUGGUUCCCCUUGGGUGCAGCAGAAGACCCUCUGGGUGUCAACUCCUCUCUGUCCUUUGGUUGCCACAUCCCUUGGGUCCUGCAUGUCCUCAUGGUCCAUGUGGGGAUCCCCCAGGUGCCAUCUCCUCUGUGUCCCCGUGGUUCCCCCAUGGGACCACCAGCCGUGGUCGGGUGGUUGCCCCACUUGGGUCCUCUCACUUGCCCAGGGCUACUACCGGCGCACGCCGGCCUACCUGCCCCUUGGGUCCUCCACGUCCUCGUGGUCCAUGUGGGGAUCCCCCAGGUGCCAUGUUCUCCACAUCCCCGUGGUUCCCCCAUGCGACCACCAGCCGUGGUCGGGUGGUUGCCCCACUUGGGUCCUCUCGCUUGCCCAGGGCUACUACCGGCGCACGCCGGCCUACCUGCCCCUGCGGAAGCGGGAGCGCCGGGGCUGCUUCCCGGUGCCCAUGGUGCACUCCACGCUGCUGCUGGACCUGCGCAAGGAGGCCUCGCGGGCGCUGGCCUUCUACCCCCCUCACCCCGACUACACCUGGGCCUUCGACGACAUCAUCGUCUUCGCCUUCUCCUGCCGGCAGGCCGGUGAGCCGCGGGGGGCUCCUGGAGCUCGGGGUUGGGCUCCUGGAACGACGGUGGCGCGGGGGCUGGAGAAGGUGGUGGUGUUCGAGGACGACCUGCGCUUCGAGAUCUUCUUCAAGCGCCGCCUGAUGAACCUCAUGAGGGACCUGGAGGCCACGGGGUUGACCUGGGACCUCAUCUACAUCGGGAGGAAGAGGAUGCAGGUGGAGAGGCCGGAGAAGCCGGUGGCCGGGGUGAGGAACCUGGUGGAAGCCGAUUAUUCCUACUGGACCUUGGGCUACGUCUUGUCCCUUCGUGGGGCUCAGAAGCUUCUGGAAGCUCAACCUUUGGGGAAGAUGUUGCCCGUGGAUGAGUUCCUGCCCGUCAUGUUCAACAAACACCCGCUCUCCGACUACACCCGCCACUUCCCCCGGCGGGACCUGGUGGCGUUUUCGGCCGAGCCCUUGCUGGUUUUCCCCACUCACUACACGGGGGACGAGGGUUACGUCAGCGACACCGAGACCUCGGUGGUUUGGGACGACGAGGCCACGGCCACCGACUGGGACCGCGCCCGCUCCCGAAAGAUGAGGGAGCAGGAGGAGCUGCGCCGCGAGGCCCAAAACUCCGACGUCCUCCAGUCCCCCCUCGACCGCGCCGCCCGCGACGAGCUCUGACACGGGG